UGGGAUUGCUGGAUCAUAUCAACAAUCGACCAUGACGACUGAAUCGGGAUCAGACUCAGAAUCCAAGCCGGAGCAGGAGGCCGAGCCCCAGCAGGCGGCGGGUCCGCAGGGGCACGCGGGGGCGCAGCCGGAGGCGCAGGCCGGGGCGCAGCCCGAGGCGCAGGCGGGGGCGCAGCCGGACCCCGAGCCGGGCGCCGAGGAGCCGCCGCAGGCGCUGGACGAGUUCGAGGCGGCGGCGCACAGCACACCCGUGAGGAAGGAGGUCACUGACAAGGAACGGGAGUUUGCUGCUGGAGCUGCCAGACAGCUCGAAUAUCAGCAAUUAGAAGACGAUAAACUUUCUCAGAAAUCAUAUAGCAGUAAACUAUCUCGAUCCCCAUUAAAGAUUGUCAAGAAGCCUAAAAGCAUGCAGUGCAAAGUGAUACUUCUGGACGGCUCAGAGUAUACCUGCGAUGUAGAGAAACGCUCCAGAGGCCAAGUGCUGUUUGAUAAAGUAUGUGAACAUCUGAAUUUGCUAGAAAAAGACUACUUCGGGCUUACAUACCGAGAUGCUGAGAACCAGAAGAAUUGGUUGGAUCCUGCUAAGGAAAUUAAAAAACAGAUACGGAGUGGUGCUUGGCACUUUUCAUUCAGUGUGAAGUUUUACCCGCCAGACCCCGCCCAGCUCUCUGAAGAUAUCACCAGGUACUACCUCUGCUUGCAGCUGCGGGACGACAUCGUGUCCGGAAGGCUGCCCUGCUCCUUCGUCACCCUCGCCCUGCUGGGCUCCUACACGGUGCAGUCAGAGCUGGGCGACUAUGACCCGGAGGAGUGUGGGAGCGACUACAUCAGCGAGUUCCACUUCGCGCCGAACCACACGAAGGAGCUGGAGGACAAAGUGAUCGAGCUGCACAAGAGCCACAGAGGGAUGACGCCGGCAGAGGCAGAGAUGCAUUUUCUGGAAAACGCCAAAAAACUCUCCAUGUAUGGGGUGGAUUUACAUCAUGCCAAGGAUUCCGAAGGAGUCGAAAUCAUGUUAGGAGUUUGUGCGAGCGGUUUGCUGAUUUAUCGCGACCGGCUGCGCAUCAACAGGUUCGCCUGGCCGAAGGUUCUGAAAAUCUCGUACAAGCGGAACAACUUCUACAUUAAGAUCCGGCCAGGAGAGUUUGAACAAUUUGAAAGCACCAUUGGGUUUAAGCUGCCAAACCAUCGAGCUGCCAAGCGUUUAUGGAAAGUAUGUGUAGAACACCAUACAUUCUUCAGACUGUUGUUACCAGAAGCACCGCCAAAGAAAUUCCUUACCUUGGGUUCCAAGUUUCGUUAUAGUGGAAGAACACAAGCCCAAACCAGACGGGCCAGUGCGUUGAUAGACCGCCCUGCCCCUUACUUUGAACGCUCAUCCAGCAAACGUUACACCAUGUCGCGCAGCUUGGAUGGAGCGUCGGUGAAUGAAAACCAUGAAAUAUACAUGAAGGAUUCUGUGUCCGCUGCAGAGGUUGGUACUGGCCAGUACGCCACAACAAAGGGCAUCUCUCAGACCAACUUGAUCACCACUGUGACUCCGGAGAAGAAGGCGGAGGAGGAGCGGGACGAGGAGGAGGACAGACGGAAAAAGGCCGAGGAAGCCACGCCUGCCGCUGCUGUACGGCACGAGGGCAAGUCACCCGGGCUUGGCACUGACUCAUGUCCCCUGCCCCCCCCAUCGGCCCACCAUCCCCCAGCAUCUCCCCCCGGGCUCCGCCGGAGGUGUAAGGAGAACCAGCGCCCCCCACCGGGGCUGGAGCCGUCCCGGGACCCCGGGCACCUGCACUGGGAGCCUGCCUCGGACCCCGACGGCCGAGGGAAGCCGUGCCGAGGGGACCAGGACAUGGCUUUUAGCUACAAGCAGCAGACGGGCAAAGGGGCCACCCUGUUCUCCUUCUCCUUGCAGCUCCCCGAGUCCUUCCCUUCUCUGCUGGAUGACGACGGCUACCUCUCUUUCCCCAGCCUGUCCGAGACCAGCCUCCUGCCCCAGAGCUGGCAGCACUUCCUCCCCAUCCGCUCGCCCUCCCUCGUGCCCUGCUUCCUCUUCAUCUUCUUCUUCCUGCUCUCCGCCUCCUUCUCAGUGCCAUAUGCCCUCACUCUCUCCUUCCCUCUGGCUCUGUGCCUCUGCUACCUGGAGCCCAAGGCGGCCUCCUUGAGUGCCUCACUAGACAAUGACCCGAGUGACAGUUCAGAGGAAGAGACCGACAGUGAGCGCACAGACACCGCGGCUGAUGGGGAAACCACCGCCACUGAGUCGGACCAGGAGGAAGAUGCAGAGAUCAAGGCACAGGAGCUAGAUAAAACUCAAGACGACCUGAUGAAACACCAGACCAACAUCAGUGAGCUGAAAAGAACCUUUUUAGAGACCUCCACAGACACUGCCGUCACAAACGAAUGGGAAAAGCGGCUUUCCACGUCCCCGGUGCGGCUGGCUGCCCGGCAGGACGACGCGCCCAUGAUCGAGCCGCUGGUCCCUGAAGAGACUAAGCAGUCUUCUGGCGAAAAGCUCAUGGAUGGCUCUGAAAUCCUCAGUUUGUUAGAGUCUGCGAGGAAACCGACAGAAUUCAUAGGAGGGGUUACUUCUACUUCUCAAAGCUGGGUUCAGAAAACAGAAACCAAGACGGAGUCCAGUGAAGUAGAAAUGGAAACAACCCAACGCCCCCAGCCACUUAGCACUGAGAAGGUUGUGCAGGAAACUGUGUUGGUGGAGGAAAGACAUGUGCUGAGUGUGCUUGCAAGCGGGGAUGCUUCUCACGCGGCUGGAGAUGAUGUAGAUGCUGCAGCACAGGCGGCAUCUGCUGAUGCUGCUAGCGUGAAAGGGAAGGAGGGCUCGGCGCUAACUGAGGGCGCUAAAAAGGAGAAAGGGGAGGUGGCCGAUAAAGCUGCCCUCGAGCAGGAAGAAAUGGCCACUGCUUCCCAGGAGCCAGAGGAGGAGCAGAGUGCCGCCAUCCACAUUUCUGAAACUCUGGAACAAAAACCCCAUCUUGAGUCAUCAACUGUGACAACGGAAACCGUCAGCUUUGGCAGUGUUUCACCAGGAGGAGUAAAGCUGGAAAUUUCUACCAAGGAAGUGCCGGUGGUUCACACAGAAACAAAGACCAUCACAUAUGAAUCAUCACAGGUGGACCUCGGUGCUGAUUUGGAGCCUGGUGUGCUAAUGAGCGCACAGACGAUCACAUCUGAAACCACCAGUACCACGACCACCACCCACAUCACCAAGACCGUGAAGGGAGGCAUUUCAGAGACGAGAAUUGAGAAGCGAAUCGUCAUCACGGGAGACGCGGACAUUGACCACGACCAGGCGCUGGCUCAGGCAAUUAAAGAGGCCAAAGAGCAGCACCCUGACAUGUCAGUGACCAAAGUAGUGGUCCAUAAAGAGACAGAGAUCACCCCGGAAGACGGAGAGGAUUAAGCCCAGGAAUAACCUAGCCUGCACAUGAAUCCAGCCAUGCAGACCAUUAGGAACGAACCAGAGCCUAUCUGCACCUCCCUCUAACCCCCUGACCUGUGUCUGCCCAUGGGACAUUUCAAUCCGGAGGAACAGACCUUGAUCAUUAAAAAAAAAGACACUGGCAGAGAGAUCUUCCCGUAAUAAAGCAAUCCGAAUCAGCAUCACUAAACUGAUAUUGCAUGAAGCAACGAUAAAAUUACAAAACGAGCAGCAUUUUUACUUUUCACACAGCGUCUCAGCUUUCAGCUGCACCUGCACAUCCAUAGCCGACGGUGGGAGCCGUGGUCUCGUGUAACACAACAAUCCACGCCUCUCGCAGUUUAUGAUAAUUAAAGUCAAAACAAAAUUGCAAUUUCUUAGGUGACAGAUCUUUUGUUUACAGAUAAAUGGAGAUUACCCGAAACUGCGUGGAAGCUGUCUAGGUCCAGUGUGUCGGGCUCGCCCCGGAUUAGAUGUGCCAAUAACCGAGUUUACUCAGUAAGCCACUUGAAUCUUGUACUUGCUUAUCCGGCUUUAUUACUCUCGCCCGUAAACAGUAAUGACUCUCUGAGCCUCUGGAAAUACUUAACGCUUACAACCCUGCUCUGUGUAAUCUAAUUUAAUUCGUUACAAGGUAGUGCUGAUUUUAACCUAUUAAUGUGCUUUCUUCCCUCUUGUCCGCUUUGGUCUGUGUUCAAUCCAGAAAGCUUCCCAGAGUUCCGGAACAAGUCCUAAAUAUGUAAAUUGCCAUUAUUUUGGAAGGAAAAACCUGUAUUUUUGUUAGUUUACAACAUUACGAAAUUUCACUCCAGAAAAAAACCCGUUGGGCUUCUCUGUUGCUUUGUUUUCUUUCUUCGUUUCUUCUUCCUUGUAUUUUUUUUAAUUGAUUUUUCUUAUUUUACUUGGGAAAAAAAAAGUGUUUUAUUUCUAAAUCUGGUCCAUAUUUACAAUCUAGUUCAGAGCCAAGCCUUAAACUGUACAGAAUUUCCACUGUAAUUAUACUGUUUAGCGCUGAGUUAUAAAUAGCCUUCAAGAAGAUCUAUUCUCCAUGACACUGUCGACGGCAUCACACGGCCCAUGGUGAAUGUGUGUUUCUGCAUAGCAAAAUAAAAAUGGUCCAUGCAUUUAAA